UAUAUUCACAUUGCACUGUUCAAAAAUUUGUGUUAUUCUACUGCAUGAGUUUCCUGGUAGGAAAUAGAAAGUUGUUAUUCGUGUCUCAGGCUUUUUCUCUGCAGCAGGGCAGAGAUACACACAAAGCUCAAAGAAGACCAAAAGAUGGCAUCAACCCAUGAAGUCUUUGCCUGUUGAUUUGAGCCACGUUAAGAAGUGUAGACUCCCUGGUCGGGUUUAUUGAGACUCUGAAAACUUAAUAGCUUGAGACUGUUGGCUCAAAAUCGCUCUCAGUGGCCCAGAUGCAUUCAUUCCUUUCGAUGUCUCAGAUUCAUCAAGUCUUCAUUCUUCAUGUAAUUAUUCUCUCCCCCGCACUGGCUUAGGUUGUGCUAACGUAUUUAUUUUCUUUAUCUCUGUUUGAUUUUGAUGGGAUGUGACGACAUAAGAAAUUGUGCGAAUUUAGCUAGUUUUCUCCUUCAGCAUAUGUAGCUAAGUGAGUUUGGUUCCAGCAGUUCUCUACGGUAUUGAACAUCAGAAGAUGAAGAUUUUCAUUAUUAAGACGCACAGUCGAUUUUAACAAUGUGGUUGAUUCACUUUUUAUUGCCUUUCAAGUUAAGUACACAAGUGAAAAGAAAUCAUCAACGAAUGCAGACGUGUCGGAAUUUAUUAAAACAAAUUGAUCAUCAUAAUUUAUGCCCAGCUGAUAUUUCAUUAUGUGUACAAAUUUUACCACCUUUAGCUACUAUUACUCUGGUUCAGUCACUGGAAAAUUUGAAAGUUGAUUAUAUUACCUCUGACGGAGAAUCAGAUCAAGAUGUAAUAAGUCUAGGCAUUUAUUUACAAUGUCCAGUCAUAAGUAAUGAUUCGGACUUUUAUAUUACCAUACCAAGUAAUGCAGAAGGUGUCUGCUUUUUGCCAAUGACUUAUAUUUCCUUUGAACCAGUCAUCAACUCUGUUAAAUGUAGUACUUGUUGUCGACGUCAGCAUAAAAUAUGCGCUUAUUUAAACUGUCAAAGGUUUCUUCCUAAUGGAUCAGGUUUAAGAGGACUGCCAGAUGUUCAACGACCACUGUUAGCAAGUUUACUGGGAAAUGAUUAUAUCGAUUCAGAAAAAUUUCUAAAAGCAUUACCAGUAUCUCAUGGAAAGACAACAUUUCUGAACAAGGCUGCAAGCAGAGAAAUGAAAAUGAAACGUCGCAGAAAUUUGAUAACCAGCCUUAUUAAAUGGUUAUCAGACUUUGGAGCCAACACUCAAGAGCCAAUUAAUCGUAUAUUAGAUAGAUAUCCAAAAGAUGAACGUUCUAAACGGUAUAGUGAGUUGACACAAAGCAUACAAAGUUACAAAACUGAUCCAGAAUCAUUAUAUCUGAUUUUUGCAAAAUAUCUUCCAUCUUUGUCUAUGCAUGAUGACAUGCUGUGUAGAGAGAAGGAAUUUGAUGCGGAAUCGGAUAGUUGUAGUACGUAUUCGUCAUUCGUGCAUCAUUUGUCUACAUCUGGUUCUUCAUGCCAUUCUGAAACUGACGGGUGCAUUGAUGAUAGUCAAUUGUUAAAUAUCAAAAAUGACAAAGCAGAUGAAAAUAUCGAUGAUAGGAUCCGUAUACACACUACCAAUAAUGAAUAUGUUGAUACCAAAUCAUAUAAAGUAACAUCUUACUGGCCUGGAAUGUUGCUAGACGCAUUUCGAAAGUAUCAGAUAGUUCCAAUAUUUUUGGAUAGUAUUUUAUCUUAUGGUUCAGUAUUUGUCUGUGGUAUAGAGGCUUUAAAAAAUCAUAAUUCAAUCUACUCAGAUUCAGUGUAUCUUCGUUCACUAAUAUACAAUCUUAUCUUGGGUGUUGAGUGGAGUUUCACGUCUCGUUUUCCGGACAAACUAAUUGGUGUAGAAAGAGUUGGUCAGUCAUAUUAUGUUACUGAACUUGAUCGAAAAGGCAGUUUUCACAUAAAACGUCGUAAAGUGUUAGUGAAACCGAUAGAAUUACUACCAAACAGUGAGAUAAAUGAAUCAGAUCGUCGUUUAGCCUUUCUGAAAGAAUAUUUAGGUUUGAUAUACAGUCCUACAAAAUCGUGCAAUAACAGUUGGUUAACAUCUGUUGCUCUACUAAAUGUUCUAAUCUAUCGGAGUAAAUGUUUAUCAACUACUGAUGAUAUCACUUUGUGUCCAGUUUCUCUUACAUUCAGCACGAUUUGCAUAUGUACAUACCUUCUAAUAUCUCACUGUAAUUAUUCUCAUCUAUCCUAUUGUAAACCAAUCAAGAAACAUUUUCGUAAUUGUGCAAAUUAUUUUACAACACAACUGAACACAAAUAAUAGAAAGAAACGUGGGAUCAGUGAUCAACAUAAGUUAAAUAUACACAUUGUACAUGUAUACGGUCAACUGCAGAUUUAUUAUAUGAUUAUAUCUACUCUAGUUAAUCUAUUAAAUUCUUUGGUAACUGAUAUUGAAAGAGAAAAACUACCAACUUGUCUAGUUUUACCGCAAGUCUACUGUAUAUUUCCAAGUGGAUAUCUUUUUCAUGAAGUUUAUUAUUGUAUAAGUCAAAUUCAAUCAUGUAAUGCACGUCAUCAAUAUGUACGUGAAGUAAUUAUAGAGAAACUAAUGAAUUAUCAAGACAAUAGUAAAUAUGUUAACGAUGCCCUGUACUUACUUGACAACUAUUUAAAAAUCUUGAAUGAUGUUCAAUCGACUGUAUCAUUUUUUAAAUCUUCAACAAAUGCAACAACCACAAUUUCAACAUUUUGUGAACAAUUAAAGCUGUUGAAAUUAAAUAAUGACAAAGAUGACACAGUGAAAUCGAAUAAGGAAUCAGUAUCCCUUAAAGUGAAUAAUCCGAAAAAUGUAAAUACAAGUAAAAAGAAAGCGGUAAAAAAGCAUAAGCCGUUUAAAAAGCAUUUUAAACAGCCAUCAAAUGCUGAAAUAGAAGAAAGAGUCGCAAAGUUAAUGCUCGAAAAUGGUCUGUUAGAUUGAGAACUGAAUAUUGAAUAGGUUGUAAAUUUUGAAAAUACAUCAUAUUUUUUAUGCACGUAAAAACAAUAUUUGGCAAUUAAAUAUAUUUUUGAA